AUGACAUCUGCUGGGAAUAGGCAACAAAAACUGGAACAUCAGAAACACCUUCUAGAGCAAAAAAUUAAACAGAAAAGGCAAUUGUUUGGUAUGGUACAUGCUUCAGAUGCAGCUACAUCAUUUAACAAACAGAAACUGAGUAUACUCAGUGAAAGUAGUAAACGUGAAAUUGGCGAUAGAGACUUACAUGGUUAUGAUGGGCCAUUACAAUUUACCAUGAUGCAUGGCAACCCUGAUUCAGGAGAAAAUAUUACUGGACUUGUAGAAAAUAUAUCUGAAGGCAGUGAUGACGUUUUGAACUCAAGAGUUGAACUUCUUAAUUUUGAAAAUAAUGAAAUGGAGGUUGAAGAUACCGAAUCUUCACCUGUUACUCCUCAAACUCCUGUCGACAGUUUUGAUACUGGUAGUGUUAUUUCACCUGAAACAUUUUCUGGACAGUUUAUUUAUUCCAGUUUAAGUAGCGAAGUUUCAGAAAUUCAAGGUGAUUUUUUUGGAAAUCUUGAAAAAUUUGUUAUGGAACCAGCUGCCCAGCAUGUACAUUAUAAAUGUCGCAUAACUAGAGAUCGUAAGGGUAUGGAUAGAGGACUUUAUCCUACAUAUUUUCUGCACUUGGAAAGAGACUAUGGUAAAAAGAUAUUUUUAUUGGCUGGAAGAAAGCGUAAAAAGAGUACCACUAGCAAUUAUCUAAUUUCCAUUGAUCCUACUGAUCUCUCACGUGGUGGAGAAGCAUUUGUUGGUAAAUUGAGAUCAAAUCUUCUUGGGACUCAGUUCACUGUUUAUGACAAUGGGAAAUCACCUAAACAAAUUACCUCCAGAGAUCAAACAAGUUUACCUAGACAAGAAUUAGCUGCUGUUGUAUAUGAUACUAAUGUACUAGGGUUCAAAGGUCCACGGAAAAUGACUGUAAUAUUACCAGGUAUGACAGCAAAUAAUCAGAGAGUUAGCAUUGUUCCUACUGAUGAUACUGAGACAUUACUUGAAUGUUAUCGAACCAAAACCAUGGAUAACCUAAUCCAGCUGCACAAUAAAACUCCUUCUUGGAAUGAUGAUACGCAAUCUUAUGUUCUAAAUUUUCAUGGAAGAGUAACUCAAGCAUCUGUGAAAAAUUUUCAAAUCGUUCAUGAUUCAGAUGUGGAUUAUGUAGUAAUGCAGUUUGGAAGAGUUGCUGAAGAUGUAUUUACUAUGGAUUAUCGUUACCCAAUGUGUGCUCUUCAGGCCUUUGCAAUUGCCCUUAGCAGUUUUGAUAGUAAGCUUGCUUGUGAAUAG